UCACAUUCCUAAUUGUGGAAUAGAAAUUCUGAAGCUGAACAAGCAACGCCAUGCGAGGGAGGAACCCUUCUUCAUCAAUGUCUGCUCAGAUCCAGAGAUCCAAUCGAUCUCUUCUCCUCUUCACGCUCUCUCUUCUCGCCAUUUCCAUCCUCUUCAUCCUCGUUUUUCUCUCCCCUUCCAAUCCCAAUCCAACUUCCUUCCACCAUCCAAUUUCCUCUCUCAAACCCGAGACCUCAUUCGUCAUCUCACUCGAGCAUUUCCUCACUCACAAGGCUCCAAAAUCCCCUCCGAGUCGCGAUGAUACGGUUCCUGCGGCCGGAGAUGUCGAAGAGUCGUCUAGGAAGCUCGAUGAGGCACUUUCGGAGGCAGAAAUGGGGCGGGUGGUUCGAGAUCCGUACUAUCCACUGGGGUCGCCGAUUAGAGUUUACGUUUAUGAAAUGCCGUGGAAGUUCACUUUCGAUUUGCUGUGGUUGUUUAGGAAUAGCUACAGAGAGACCUCCAAUCUCACCUCUAAUGGCAGCCCCGUGCACCGUCUUAUUGAACAGCAUUCUAUAGAUUACUGGCUGUGGGCCGACCUAAUUGCUCCAGAGUCAGAGAGACUGCUAAAAGGCGUGGUGAGGGUAUAUCGACAGGAGGAAGCGGAUCUCUUCUAUAUUCCCUUCUUCACAACUAUCAGCUUCUUUUUGUUGGAGAAACAACAGUGCAAAUCACUUUACAGGGAGGCUCUAAAGUGGGUGACAGAUCAACCUGCAUGGAAGCGAUCUGAAGGCAGGGAUCACAUACUUCCUGUUCAUCAUCCAUGGUCUUUUAAGACCGUUAGAAAAUCUAUGAAGAAGGCCAUUUGGUUGCUACCAGAUAUGGACUCUACAGGAAACUGGUACAAGCCUGGGCAAGUCUAUCUGGAAAAGGACCUUAUUCUUCCCUACGUUCCAAAUGUUGAUUUAUGUGACAGCAAAUGCUUAUCAGAUGGGCAAUCAAAGAGAAACGUACUGCUCUUUUUCCGUGGUCGGCUCAAAAGAAAUGCGGGAGGAAAGAUACGGGCAAAACUUGUUGGAGAGCUAAGUGGUGCAGAUGAUGUAAUAAUAGAAGAGGGAACGGCUGGUGAAGGAGGGAAAGCAGCCGCUCAGAAUGGAAUGCGCAAGUCCACCUUUUGCUUAAAUCCUGCUGGCGACACUCCAUCAUCUGCCAGAUUGUUUGAUGCUAUUGUCAGCGGCUGCAUUCCUGUCAUUGUUAGUGAUGAAUUGGAGCUUCCAUUUGAAGGAAUACUUGAUUACAGGAAGAUUGCGUUAUUUGUUUCCUCUAGCGAUGCUCUAAAAGCAGGAUGGCUUUUAACAUAUUUGAGAAGUGUUAGUGCCGCUGAUAUCAGAAGACUGCAACAAAAUCUCGCUAAGUUCUCAAGACAUUUCCUUUAUUCCAGUCCAGCUCUACCCAUGGGUCCGGAAGACUUGGCUUGGAAAAUGAUUGCUGGGAAGUUGGUGAAUAUAAAGCUUCAUACGAGGAGAUCCCAACGUGUGGUAAAAGAAUCAAGAAGUGUGUGUAGUUGUGAAUGCAGGCCUUCAAAUUUGACCAACUCCCCUCCUCCUUCCUUAUAAUCUCUAUAUCUUUAUCCAUUGCUCCAAUGCCUUGCCUUCGAUUGGGAGCCAAAAUUAUUACUCCCAACUCACCCAAGGGAGAAUGUCAUUUUUUUUUAAAGAUAUUUACAUUUGUAAAAGCCUUGAUGUAAGAUGUUAGUUUGCAU